AUGAUCCGCCGGGUCCUGGAGAGGCCCUGUACCCUGGCCAUGCUGAUUGGCUUCCAGUUUGCCUUCAUGAUGUACUUCUCGUUCGGCGGCCUGCGCAGCCUCGCCUCCAUCUUCGGACGAUCGCCGGAGCCCAGUUUCGACUACAGCCACACCCACGACGUCUACACCAACCUCACCCGAAUUCAGGCCACGCUUCACCCCGGGACGCUGGAGGGCGGACUGCUGCCGUGGUGCCCGGAGAAGUCCCCGUACCUGGUGGGUCCGAUCACGGUGACGUUCAGCCAGGUGCCGAUUUUCCAGCGGAUACAAGAAAAGAACCGCCUGGUGGUGAGGGGAGGUAUCUACCGACCGCCGAACUGUGAGUCCCGCCAUCGCACGGCCGUCAUCAUCCCGCACCGGAACCGCGAGACCCACCUGAGACACCUCCUGUACUACCUGCACCCCUUCCUGCAGAGACAGCAGCUGCACUACGGGAUCUACAUCAUCCACCAGGCCGGGAACGCCACUUUUAACCGGGCGAAGCUGCUGAACGUCGGUGUGAAGGAGGCCAUGCGGGACGAGGACUGGGAUUGCCUUUUCCUCCAUGACGUUGAUCUCAUUCCUGAGAACGACCACAACCUGUACGUGUGUGACCCCUGGAACCCCAAACACGCCUCGGUGGCCAUGAACAAGUUCAGCUACAGCCUCCCGUAUCCGCAGUACUUCGGGGGGGUCUCUGCCCUCACCCCAGAACAAUACAUGAAGAUGAAUGGCUUUCCCAAUGAAUAUUGGGGGUGGGGAGGAGAAGACGAUGACAUUGCAACCAGGGUCCGGCUGGCCGGGAUGAAGAUUGCUCGCCCGCCUGUAUCGGUCGGACAUUACAAGAUGGUGAAGCAUAAGGGGGACCGAGGGAACGAAGAAAACCCACACAGGUUUGACUUGCUGAUCCGAACCCAACGGAUGUGGACUCAGGAUGGUAUGAAUUCUCUAACCUACACGCUGCUGUCCAAAGACCUGCAGCCCCUCUACACCAACAUCACUGUGGACAUCGGGGGUGGACCCCAGGUCACAGAAGCCAUUGCGGAUGCGCGGUCCCACUCCUCCACCGUCUCAGCCUCAAAGCAACGUGACCACCAACGGGUCCACCAGAGGGAAGCUCACUGUGGUUGUCCAGUCAUCCCUCAACUCCUCCAUCGCUCUGGACAACGCCAAGAAGGUAACCCCCGCCAUCUUAAACGAUCCAAAAAGACUUAAGCGGGAAGACAAGGGUCCUGGAGCCACCGUCAAGCCAAGCAAAACGGAGGAGGAGGAGGUCCAUGAUGCCGAUAGUCCCAUCAUUUCACAUCUACUGCAACAGGCCCCUAAAAAGAGAAUGCCCCGGAGCGUCAAACUAGACCCACCGGAAGCCGAGAGGCCGCUGAACCAAACUUCUCUAAGGAGGCCUCCGACGCUCGAGAGGCAAGCCAAAAAGGAUCCCAAGCAACUUUGA